CCGUACGGGCAGAGUGGGAUAGCACGACUGGAGCAAGGUGGUUAGCUUCAAGACCGCGAAUUGAGUGCUGUGGCAGGUCUGGUCUCUUUCGUCGUGACGAACAUGCUGUAGAAAAGAAAACUAUGUGACCUAUAUAAGAAUAUUGUCCGAACAACAGCCACAUGGAAUGCAGAGCACUUGACGUAAAACGGAGAUUCUAACAUCACAGACGAUAAAAAGAAGACGCGGCUGUCUCCGACUUCUCUCCACCAUUUUGGUUGUCAGUGAUGGAGCACAUCCGGACGCCCAAGGUGGAAAAUGUGCGUCUCCUGGACCGGUCGAAGGGCCAGAGAAAGGCCAGUGUUGGGACGUUCUACCUUUCAGCUACACAUUCUAUGUUUAUUGAGAACAACACUGAGACACGCAAGGAGACAUGGCUCUUACACAGCAUGAUAAGCAGUGUGGAGAGGUUGCCCACCACACCCACUGGUAGUCAGCUGAUCUUACGUUGCAAAGAUUUCAGGGUCAUCCAGAUUCUCAUGCAACAGGAGAAAGAUUGUUUUGAUGUCCACACCUCAUUAUUGAGGUUGUCACGACCAGAGAAGUACAGUGAGCUGUACUGUCUGUCCUUCAACCCCAACAUUAACAAGGAGGAGAGGCAAGAGUCAUGGAGCUUCAUAGACCUCAUGGCCGACUACAAAAGAAUGGGAGUUCCAAAUAACCUCUGGGUUGUUUCAGCAGCAAACAGUGAAUACAGGAUAUGUGAAACGUAUCCUUCAGAGCUAUUUAUUCCAAAGUCAGCCUCACCUGCCGUCAUUUUGGGCAGCUCAAGGUUCAGGAGCCGAGGACGAUUUCCUGCUCUGUCAUACUUUCACCAGGACACACUGGCUGCAGUGUGCAGGUGUAGUCAGCCACUGUCAGGCUUCAGUGGACGUUGUCAGGAGGAUGAAGCCAUGCUGCAAGCUGUGAUGAAAUCCAACCCUGGAAGUGCCUAUAUUUAUGUGGUCGAUACGAGGCCCAAGCUGAAUGCCAUGGCAAACAGAGCCGCUGGUAAAGGCUAUGAGAAUGAGGACCACUACACUAACAUCAAACUGCACUUCAUUGGCAUCGAAAACAUUCAUGUGAUGAGGAACAGCCAACAAAAAAUUAUUGACAUGGGUGAAAUGCGAUCUCCUUCGAUGACUGACUUCCUUUGGGGUCUGGAAAACUCUGGUUGGCUGAAACACAUUAAAGCUAUUCUAGAUGCUGGAGUCUUCAUUGCCAGGGCGGUGGCUGAUGAAGGAGUCAGUGUGUUGGUUCACUGUUCCGAUGGCUGGGAUAGAACAGCUCAGGCCUGUUCUGUAGCCAGCGUACUGUUGGACCCAUUUUAUCGUACAAUCAAAGGAAUGAUGUUGCUGAUAGAAAAAGACUGGGUUUCGUUUGGUCACAAGUUCUCCCACAGGUAUGCCCACUUGGAUGGCGAUCCCAAAGAAGUGUCCCCAGUUAUUGAUCAGUUCUUGGAAUGUGUGUGGCAGCUGUCUCAACAGUUUCCAUGUGCCUUUGAGUUUAACGAGUGCUUCCUCAUUGCUAUACACACACACGUCUACUCCUGCUGGUAUGGGACCUUCCUGGGCAACUGUCAGAAGGAACGCAAUGAUAUGAGGCUUCAGGAGCGCAGUCAUUCCGUGUGGCCCCAGCUGUGGAAGGACAGAGCAGUCUUUACCAAUCCACUGUACAAGGCUGAACUGAGUCAGUGUCAGGGUGUACUGAGACCUAACACCACCCCCUACUGUUUCAAAAUGUGGAAGGGACUCUACAAUCAUGCGGAGCAGUCGACGCCUCCUUGCCAGUCACCAGCCGACUUUCUGUCCGCUAUGAGGGAGGAGUCCCAGCAGCUGGAGGAGGAGCUGACCAAUCACCAGGAGAGAAUAUCUGCGCUAACAGGGAAACCAAUAAUGUGGGAGAAAGUAGUGGUUAAAAGGAGGACUCGGCACAUCCAGCAGAGACACUCUGGGCCGGACCCACCCAGCCCAUACACAAUUCCAGUCACCAGCCCCGCACAGGACCACAGGACCUUUGGACCAGCCAACCAAAACGCUAUGGUGAAGGACCCCGGUCUCACCACAUCUGUAGGCCAGCCCAUCCAGGUCAAGCCCCUCAACGCAGAUGACAUCUCCAGCGACCUGGAGUCAGGCGUGGCUGACCUCAGCAGUCGGUCGUCCAGUGCUGGGGAGGAGGCCAAGGACCCGGAGACGGACGAGAUAGCCUUCGCUACUGCCUGACUCAAUACUUAAUUGGAGUGGAAGAAGACCGCUAAAAUAGCUAUGUUAGCAUUGUUUUAUCUGAAGUGAAUUUUUUGGUGUCUUUCUGGACAAAGGUACUUUAUGUUUUGUCAUAUUUAAGAUGUGAAAGCGCAUAUUUGAAAUCAACAAUACUUGAGUGAUAAUUUGCUGGCAUUUGUAUUU